AUGGAGCGAUCCGGCAAAACACCCCAUGACUGCCCUACCCUCCUCACCCUCCCCAUCGAAAUUCGCAGGCUAAUCUAUGCCCAACUCCUCCCUCACAUGACCUCGAUACCUGUGCGACAACAACGCUACCACGCCUCCACCACCACCGCCGCCCCACCCUCCUCCUACCACCUCACCUACGUACGCAGCAUACCCGGCUCCUCCGAGGGCACCUGGCACAUGGUGUCUGCACCGCCCAAGAGCGAUCGCGAGACGGGCCACGACAUUGUGUGGCGCCGCGGCUGCACCAGCCUGCUCGCCGUGAAUCGGCAGGUGCAUGAGGAGACGGCGUCGAUGCUCUAUGGUGACAACACGUUUGUGGUGGACAUUGCCUUUGACAGCAUCAAUUUCCGGUAUCGCUGGCGGACGAGCAAUGGGUUGAUGCCGAGUCGCACGUAUGCCUUCUUGGAGCAUUUUUCGCAGAGAAAUCUGCUGCGGGUGAGGCGGUAUGUGGUUAAUGUUGAGCAUGUGGAUGAUUAUACGAGCAUGAUCAAGUACAACUGUGGCGGGAGGGGGUUGACUGCGGGGCUGAAGGGCAAGGUCGCAGAGUUGGUGAGGCUGCUGGGGGAUGCCAAGGAGAUUUACAAGUUGCAGAUACAUUUGAUUGAUGGAGCGAUUAGUAGGCAGAUGUUUCCAGGCGGGAGGGUACAUCGUGUGCAGGACGAGAGCAAUUAUGAGCAGGCGCAGGCGGUGCUCGAACCGUUCAAGAGGCUGCGAGGUGUCAGGAGAGUCGAUGUGAGCGGCGUGAAUUCCCAGUAUGCAAAGACGCUGGAGGAGACGAUGAGUUCGCGGGUGGAGUAA